AUGCUACUAAGGGUUGCAACGGUGGUGCUGGUGGCGGCGGCUACGGUGGCGUCAGCGUCGGCUUCGAUGCCGCUUGAGACAGCGUCGCUUGGAACAGCGUCGCUUGGAACAGCGUCGCUUGAGACGACAUUCAAGUUUGAGGCGGAGACAGCGGAGUUGAUGAACAUCUUAAUUGACUCGUUGUACACAGAUAAGGAUAUCUUUCUCCGGGAGCUAGUGUCAAAUUGUAAUGAUGCAAUUGAGAGAUACCGGUUGAGUAGGCUUAUGCAUGACGAGGGUCGCGGUGACGAGGGUCAUGGUGACGAGGGUCAUGGUGACGAGGGUCAUGGUGACGAGGGUCAUGGUGACGAGGGUCAUGGUGACGAGGGUCAUGGUGAGGAUGCAGGGUACAAGGGGGAGAUCAAGGUGUUAGUGGAUGACGUAAACAACCGAAUAUUUGUGGUGGAUAAUGGUGUAGGAAUGUGCAGGAAGGAUUUGAUAGAUCGGCUGGGUAAAAUAGCGAACAGUAGCGCGCGUAAUUACGGCAAGUUUGGGGGCGCUGAUGUCAUUGGCAAGUUUGGGGUCGGUUUCUAUAGUGUGUUUUUAGUGGCGGAUCAAGUGGUAGUCCAUAGCAAAUGCCAACAGGAGCGAGAUGUACAUCGAUGGACUAGUUUGGAUAGGACGUCCUACACAGUUGCAAAGGAUGAGGAGGAGCUUGUUGGUGAUCAUGGGACGAUGGUUGAACUGAUAAUAAAGAAGGAUUUACGAACACGAUAUUUAGACAAGCAGGAACUAAAAAAAAUUAUACUGGCGUAUGAUACCUUCAUGAAAUACCCAAUAUCAAUCGGGCAGUUCCAUGCAACAGAAGAAUAUGAGAGACUAGAUCUUGAAAAGCCCAUAUGGUUAAGAAAGGAUGUGAGGGAUGAAGAUGAAAAAGAAUAUUCGAAAUUCUUCAAGACACAUUGGAAUAAAAAUAAAGACCCAAUAACUCAUAUACAUUUUACUGCCCAGAGCGGUGAAUCAGAUUUUAUAGGUCUUAUAUUCGUACCCCAAAGAGGUAAAGAAGAUGUGUUUAAUGAUAUAAAUAAAGUUGAACAGAGCAACUUUCAAUUAUUCAUUAAAAGAGUUCUUGUCGCAAACAAUCUUGAUAAAUUUGUUCCCCCAUAUUUGAAUUUCUUGUAUGGUAUUAUUGAUGCUGAUAACUUACCGCUCAAAGUGGAUCGUCAAUCGUUGACCGAUUCAAGAAUUGUACGUCAAAUAAAGCGAAAGGUUUUAUUGAAGACAUUUGAAAUGUUGAGAACUUUAUCAAAGUCAUAUCCGAAGAAAUAUAUGCGAGAAUUUUGGCAAGGAUAUGAUCAGAAUAUGGCGUUAGGAUGCACACAUGAGACAGAUAAGAAAAUGAAAGAAAAGAUUUUAUCUUUAUAUCGUUUCAAAUCAAUUAAUGUGAAGGAUACUAUAAAGUUGGAUGAUGAUGAUGAUAGGAUAGAUGAUAGGAUAGAUGAUAGGAUGGUUAUGGGAUGGACAACAUUGGAUGAUUAUGUGAGUUCGAUGAAGACUCAUCAAAAAGAUAUAUAUUAUUAUCAUUAUGGAUCGACGGAGUUUGAUGUUAAUAUCCCUGUUAUCGAGUUUUAUGUCAGGAAUAAGGUACCAGUAUUGCUCUUGUCCAAUACAUUUGAUGAAGGAUGUUUAGUACAAAGUGAGAAAUAUAAAAAUUUCAAAUUACAAUCUAUCGAGCGUGAACAGAUCUCUAUUGAGCAUCUGGUUCGAUUACAAUACAAUGAUGUCAGCCCACAAGACAUCAUUAUACAUACUAAGAAUGCUGAACGUGAUCAGGAACGUAUUAUAAAAUUGUAUGAUCCGCUCGUGAAACGUAUCCGUAAAGUUCUCGGUCAUUUUAUUGACGUGAAAAUUAGCUACAGACUUCUCCAGUCGCCCAUUCUAAUUUCUGUUCCAUCCCAUGGCUUCACUGCUAACUAUGAGAAAAUGAUCAAAACGCAGAUUGGUGGUGCGGAUCAGCAGCUUCAAAAAAUUCUCAGCCAAAUCAAAACCGUAGAAAUCAAUCCCUACCAUCCAAUCCUCAAGAACUUGCUACAACGAGUGAUGGAACAACCGGUAAGCCAAGUGGAUAAUCAACCAGAUGACAUUGACCGAACCAUUAAUAUCCUUUAUCAGUCAGGACUUCUUAAUGCUGGGUUCGAUCUCACCAACCUACCACUGCUAAGGAAACAUAUUAACGAAGCACUUUUAACCCAGCUUAAUAUAGAUGAUCCCAACGACUACGACUUGGACCAAUUGCUGGACAACGCCGCAGCUAACAUUCUUGACGCCCCCGACCACGACGAUGCCCCCGACCACGACGAUGCCCCCGACCACGACGAGCUCUAG